UUACAGCAUUCUGCAGUGAGUCAUCCCCUCCUUUAAUAGCAGCAGGGGAUACAGCAAAAUCCCCCCACCAAGUCCCAAGCAACAGCGCUGAAGAAACUACAAGUAACUAUGAAAGGCAGAAGCAGAAAGUAGACAAGGGGGCACAAACAACAAUCAGCAAACACUUGCCGCAAGUGACUGAACAGCUGGAUACAAAACAAAAUAUAAAAAGUGCCCAAAUUUCCAUCACCUCAUCAUCCUCCUCACCUUUUUCCUCCUCUUCUUCCUCCUCUGCACCUACUACUCAUAACUCCUUCAUCCUACAGACCUCUCAAUGCUUCAUGACCAAAGCAUCAAAACAGCCUCCCAUAGUUUUCCUGCCCAAACUGGUUUACGACAUUAUUACUUCUACGGACAGCAGUGGACUUCCUAAGUCAUCUUCCCUCUUGCCUUAUCAUUCUGUUAUGUGGGCAAGUUCUUUUCGUCCUCUUAUGAGUAAGAUGAUGACUUGCACGGAGCAGUCUCUAUACUACCGCCAAUGGACGGUUCCCAAGCCAAUCCAUAUGGACUACAACAAUAGAAAUGAGGGCAGAAUGGACACCUUUCACCCAAGGAGGCUGCUGCUGAGUGGGCCACCACAGAUAGGGAAAACAGGUGCCUACCUGCAGUUCCUCAGUAUUUUGUCCCGAAUGCUGAUUAGACUGACAGAAGUGGAUGUUUAUGAUGAAGAAGAAAUCAACAUUAACAUAGAAGAAGAAUCUGAUCAAUACUGUCAUCAGACUGGAGAUAUGUGGCCAGAUUUGGAGACAUUUAAGAAGAUGCCUUUUGACUACACUAUCCAUGACCCAAAAUAUGAAGAUGCAAGUCUGAUUUGUUCAAAGCUUCAGACUAUAAACAGUGAAGACAGAUCAAUGAGCAGGAGACAAGAGGAUUUGUAUACACGCCGUCAAACAACUAGAAUGAGAUUGUCCAAGUAUGCAGCAUAUAACACCUACCAUCACUGUGAACAGUGUCAUCAGUAUAUGGGUUUCAAUCCCAGGUACCAGCUUUAUGAGUCCACUCUGCAUGCAUUUGCCUUUUCCUAUUCUAUGCUGGGAGAAGAGAUUCAGCUGCAUUUUAUCAUUCCAAAGUCAAAGGAGCAUCAUUUUGUCUUUAGCCAACCAGGAAGACAAUUGGAAAGCAUGAGGCUACCACUUGUCACAGAUAAGAGUGAAGAUUACAUAAAAAGCCCCACUUUUACUCCCACCACUGGACGUCAUGAACAUGGACUUUUCAAUUUAUAUCAUGCAAUGGAUGGAGCCAGUCAUUUGCAUGUUUUAGUUGUCAAGGAAUAUGAAAUGGCCAUAUACAAGAAGUAUUGGCCCAACCACAUCAUGCUUGUUCUUCCAAGCAUUUUCAACAGUGCAGGAGUAGGUGCGGCACACUUCCUGAUAAAAGAAUUAUCUUAUCAUAACUUGGAGCUUGAACGAAAUCGGCAGGAGGAGCUGGGGAUAAAACCCCAGGAUAUUUGGCCUUUCAUUGUCAUUUCAGAUGACUCCUGUGUUAUGUGGAAUGCCGUAGAAGUUGAUUGUUCAGGAGACAGGAAAAGUGACUAUACGUGGACUGAAAGGAAUGUCUCCUUGAAGCAAAUUCUGCAACAUAUUGAAGCAACUCCCAAUGUCACUCACUAUGCCUUAAUUGGGAUGAGGAAAUGGUCCAGUAAAACGAAUAGUGCUGAGAUCAAGGAACCAUUCUCCUGCUGCCAUGUGCAUGAUUUCAUUAUGCUGAAUGUUGAUCUGACACAGAACGUACAGUACAAUCAGAACAGGUUUACAUGUGAUGAUGUUGACUUCAACUUGCGUGUCCACAGUGCUGACCUUCUCAUCUGUCGGUUCAAUCACUUCAGUGUCAUGAAAAAGCAAAUUGCAGUAGGAGGGCAGAGAUCCUUCCACAUUAAGUCUAAGGUAUCUGACACUUCAGUUUCAAUCUCCCCUGCUCAGUACAUUUGUGCUCCUGACAGCAAGCAUACCUUCUUGGCAGCACCUGCUCAGCUGCUCCUUGAAAAAUAUCUCCAGUAUCACAGCCAUCGCUUUUUCCCUCUCUCACUGAAGAAUUACAGCCAUCCAGUGCUAUCUGUGGACUGUUAUCUUAACUUAGGACCACAGAUUGCAGUUUGCUAUGUGAGUUCUCGGCCUCACUCUCUGAAUAUCAGUUCCUCUGGUUUGACAUUCAGUGGUCUCCUGCUAUACCUAUGUGACUCCUUUGUUGUAGCUAGCUUUUUGAAGAAGUUUCAUUUUCUUAAAGGUGCCACCCUGUGUGUGAUUUGUCAGGAUCGCAAUUCUCUUCGCCAGACUGUGGUCCGGCUAGAGCUGGAAGACGAAUGGCAGUUCCGGCUGCGGGAUGAAUUCCAGACUGCCAAUGCAAAAGAAGACAGACCACUUUUCUUCCUGACUGGACGACAUAUUUAAUUGAAAGGAGACACAUUUCCUAAAUGAAACAAGAAGCUAAUUGCCACCAUCUCGUGAAAUUACUUUCAAGAGGCUCUGUUUUCUGAACAGAAACAGGACUGUUUCCCUUUGUUUAU